AUGGCGGACCAAAAUAUCUCUCAGUAUAAGUAUUCGGCGAUGUCCAACCUGGUUCUCCAGGCGGACCGUCGUUUCAUCAGCCGAACCAACGAUGAGGCUACCGGAGACCCCGAGUCUCUCGCAGGCCGUAUUGGAAUCCGAGAGAUGGGCUCCCGCAUAGCACGCGACGAUGCACCAAAGUCGAAAAAGAAGGCCGGUCCGACCGAAAUCGAACGGGGUGCGAUCCACGAAGGCGAAGACGUGUUGUCCCGGGAGCAGAAAAAGCGCGGACGCGGCCAACCAGCACAAUUACGAGGCCAAGGUAUUCUCUCAGCUGCCGAUGCUCUCAUCGAAGGCUUGAAAUACCGCCCACGAACACCUGCGACUCGAGCAACUUACGACCUUAUUCUCACAAUCACCGGAAGCCACCUUGGCGACGUGCCCCACGAGGUCGUGCGAAGUGCCGCCGAUGCCGUUUUGGAAUACCUCAAGGAUGAAAAUCUGAAGGAUUUUGACAAGAAGAAGGAAAUUGACGAUCUUAUGGGUAGUUCUAUGAAUCCGAAAGAGUUCAACGAGCUUGUGAACCUUGGUAAGAAAAUUACAGACUACGAGGCACAAGAUGAGGACGAGGAUAUGGAUGGCGGCUUCGACGAUGCAGAUGCGGAACUCGAUGAACGCCAAGGUGUUGCCGUUGUCUUUGACGAAGAAGACGAAGACGAAGAGCGUAUAGGCACCGUUGACGAAAUCCGAGACGAGGACAGCGACGAGGACGAAGCCGACGACCAAGAACAAGCCGACAUCGAUCAAUCAGCCCAAGACCUGGAUGACGGUGACGAAAUGAUUAUUGAUGGGGGUCUCGAUCGUGAUAAUAAGGCUGGUGACAAAGCUGGGCUACAUGUUUCUGCUCGCGAGAUCGACGCCUACUGGCUACAACGGCAAAUCGGUGCGUUGUAUUCAGAUGCCCAUGUCCAACAAGAGAAGACCCAACAAGCGCUGGAGGUUCUUGGCGGUCAGGCAGAGGAUGGAUCUGAACGAGCUCUUCGUGAUGUUGAAAACGACCUGAUGGAGCUUUUCGACUAUGAGCAUGCGGAGGUUGUCGCCAAGUUGGUGACAAACCGCGACAAAGUCGUCUGGGCUACUCGCUGGAGACAAGUUGCCGAAGAUGCUGAUGCGCGCAAUCUUGUCGAAAGUCAAAUGGUCGAGGCUGGUCACCGCAGUAUUCUGGAUGAAAUCCGCGGAAAGUCAGCACGUGAUGAUCUCGCUGAUCGCCCAGAGAAGAAGAUGAAGCUGGAUCUGAUGGAUGUUGAUGUUCCAUCAGCGCCAACACAAGAGGAGAAGCCAGCUACUGACGGUGGUUUGGUCGGCGGUCUGCAGCCCAAGAAGCUUAUCAACCUUGAGAAUUUGGUUUUCCACCAGGGCAAUCACCUCAUGACCAAUCCUAAUGUUAAGCUUCCUCAGGGAUCAACAAAGCGCACUUUCAAGGGUUACGAGGAGAUUCAUGUUCCGCCGCCCAAGGCCAAGCGGGAUGCUGGGGAGAAGAAUAUACCGACCACCGAGUUGCCUGACUGGGCUCGCGUUGGAUUUGGAAGCUCCAAGGAGCUGAACCGUGUACAGACAAAGUGUUACCCUUCAGCCUUCCACGAUGACGGCAAUCUUCUCGUCUGUGCCCCCACGGGUUCUGGAAAAACCAACGUUGCUAUGCUAACUAUCCUGCGGGAAAUUGGCAAACAUCGCAAUGCGGAAACUGGAGAGAUCAUGCUGGAUGAUUUCAAGAUCAUCUAUAUCUCCCCUCUCAAAGCUCUGGUCCAAGAGCAAGUUGGAAACCUUGGUAAACGUCUCGAGCCAUACGGUAUCCGGGUGUCCGAGCUCACUGGUGAUCGUCAGCUCACCAAGCAGCAAAUCGCUGACACUCAGGUCAUUGUCACCACUCCCGAAAAGUACGACGUUAUCACCAGAAAGGCAUCCGAAACCAGCUACACUAAUCUGGUCCGUCUUAUUGUCAUUGACGAGAUUCACCUUCUACACGAUGAUCGUGGUCCUGUCCUUGAGAGCAUUGUCAGUCGCACGAUUCGCCGUGUGGAGCAAACUGGUGAUCCUGUCCGAAUUGUUGGUCUCAGUGCUACCCUUCCCAACUACCGCGAUGUUGGAAACUUUCUGCGCGCGGAUCCUGAAAAGGGAGUCUUUCAUUUUGAUGGCUCAUACCGUCCUUGCCCCUUGAAGCAGGAGUUCAUCGGUGUUACAGACAAAAAGGCAAUUAAGCAGCUCAAGACAAUGAACGACAUUUGCUACAACAAGGUUCUGGAGCAAGUUGGUCAACGUCGCAACCAGAUGCUUAUCUUCGUCCACUCAAGAAAGGAAACCGCGAAGACAGCCAAAUAUAUCAGGGACAAGGCCAUUGAAAUGGAAACAAUUGGACAAAUCCUUCGCAGUGAUGCUGCUAGCCGUGCCAUUCUUUCGGAGGAGGCCGAGUCUGUUGAUGAUGCCUCCCUUAAGGAUCUUAUGCCUUAUGGUCUGGGUAUUCAUCACGCUGGUUUGAGUCUUGCGGAUCGUGAUUCUGUCCAGGCACUUUUUGCCGACGGUAGCAUUCAGGUCCUUGUGUGUACUGCCACUCUGGCUUGGGGUGUCAACCUCCCUGCGCACACUGUCAUUAUCAAGGGAACACAAGUCUACUCUCCUGAGAAGGGUAGCUGGGUUGAGCUGAGUCCACAGGAUGUUCUGCAGAUGCUCGGACGUGCUGGUCGACCUCAAUACGACACUUUUGGAGAGGGUAUUAUCAUCACUUCUCAAUCCGAGAUCCAAUACUACCUUUCCCUCAUGAACAUGCAGUUGCCAAUUGAAUCUCAACUCAUGAGCAAGCUUGCAGACAACCUCAACGCUGAAAUCGUUUUGGGCAACGUUCGUACUCGAGAUGAAGGUGUAGAAUGGUUAGGCUACACAUACCUCUAUGUUCGGAUGCUUCGUUCGCCUGGCUUGUACAGCGUGGGCACGGACUACGAGAAUGAUGAUGCUUUGGAACAGAAACGGGUUGAUCUUAUUCACUCCGCUGCUGCUGUCCUUGAGAAAGCUGGACUGGUCAAGUACGAGAAGAAGACAGGGCGGCUCCAGGCAACUGAGCUGGGUCGGAUUUCUUCGCACUACUACAUUGGCCACAACUCCAUGCUCACUUACUCCCAGCACCUUCAGCCAUCAAUUACGACCAUCGAGCUGUUCCGAAUUUUUGCCCUAAGUGACGAAUUUAAGUACAUCCCUGUUCGCCAAGACGAGAAAUUGGAGUUGGGCAAGCUUUUGGGUCGAGUACCGGUCCCUGUCAAGGAGACAAUUGAUGAGCCUCACGCGAAGAUCAACGUUCUGCUCCAGGCCUAUAUUUCUCGACUGAAGCUGGAUGGAUUGGCCCUAAUGGCCGACAUGGUUUACGUCACACAAUCCGCUGGUCGUAUCAUCCGAGCUAUUUUCGAAAUCUGCUUGAAAAAGGGAUGGACAUCUGUGGCCAAGACUGCGCUUGACCUCUGUAAGAUGGCUGAGAAGCGAAUGUGGCCUACAAUGUCCCCUCUGCGCCAAUUCCCUACCUGCCCUAGGGACAUUCUGCAGAAAGCCGAACGGAUCGACGUGCCUUGGUCCAGUUACUUUGACUUGGAUCCGCCUCGCAUGGGUGAGCUUCUUGGUAUGCCCAAGGCUGGACGCGUUGUUUGUGAUCUUGUCUCCAAGUUCCCGCGACUUGAAGUUCAGGCUCAGGUUCAGCCAAUCACCCGCUCCCUGCUUCGUGUCGAGUUAACUCUCACUCCUAACUUUGUCUGGGAUGAUGCCAUUCACGGCAAUGCUCAAGAUUUCUGGAUCUUGGUGGAAGACUGCGAUGGCGAGGAGAUCUUGUUCCAUGAUCGUUUCCUCCUGCGCCGUGAAUUUGCCCAGGCCGAGAUGAACGAGCACCUUGUUGAAUUUACUGUUCCCAUCUCGGAGCCAAUGCCCCCCAACUACUUCAUCUCAUUGGUCUCCGAUCGCUGGAUGCACUCCGAGACAAAGAUCGCUGUGUCUUUCCAAAAGCUGGUUCUUCCGGAACGAUUCCCUCCUCACACUCCCUUGUUGGAUAUGCAGCGUGCACCUGUCAAGGCCUUGAAGCGCGAGGAGUACCAGAAGCUCUAUCCCGACUGGGAGCACUUCAAUAAGAUUCAAACACAGGUCUUCAAAUCUGUCUUUGAUUCGGAUGACAAUGUCUUUAUUGGUGCACCAACAGGCAGUGGUAAGACGGUCUGCGCUGAGUUGGCUCUCCUUCGCCACUGGUCAACUGGAAACACCGGCCGCGCAGUCUACAUUGCUCCCUUCCAAGAGCUUGUCGAUUCGCGCCUCGCCGAUUGGCAGAAGCGUUUGAGCGGCCUUGGUGGUGGAAAAACUCUUGUCAAGCUUACUGGGGAGACCACCGCUGACUUGAAGCUUCUUGAAAGAGCCGACCUUGUUCUCGCCACACCCGUCCAAUGGGACGUGCUAUCUCGACAAUGGCAGAGACGUAAGAACGUGCAAACAGUGCAGUUGUUUAUUGCUGAUGAGCUUCACAUGCUGGGAGGUUACGGCGGUUAUGUCUACGAGGUCGUCGUUUCCCGUAUGCACUACGUUGCUCUCCAGACCGAGAAUGCCAUGCGUAUUGUCGGACUAAGUGUGCCACUUGCCAAUGCUCGUGACAUUGGAGAGUGGAUUGGUGCUAAUAAGCACACCAUCUUCAACUUCAGUCCCAACGCUCGACCAAUUCCCCUGGAACUUCACAUCCAAUCCUUCACCAUUCCUCACUUUCCCUCUUUGAUGCUUGCGAUGUCCCGACCAGCUUAUCAAUCAAUUUUAUCACUGUCGCCCGACAAGCCCGCUUUGAUUUUCGUGCCCAGCCGAAAACAGACCCGGUCCACGGCCGUGGAUCUUUUGGCUGCUUGUGGUAUGGAUGAUGAUGAAGACCGAUUCCUGAAUGCGGAUGUCGAGGAGCUGGCGCCUCUUCUCAGCCGAAUCCAAGAGCAGACGCUUGCCGCCUCGCUGUCUCAUGGAAUUGGAUAUUACCACGAGGCAUUGAGCACUACUGACAAGCGUAUUGUUUCUCACCUGUUCAGCAUUGGUGCCAUCCAGGUGCUUCUAGCUUCGCGCGAUUGCUGCUGGGAACUGGAAGUGACUGCUCAUCUGGUGAUCGUCAUGAACACUCAGUUCUUUGAUGGUCGCGAACAUCGUUACAUUGAUUACCCCAUUAGCGAGAUUCUUCAGAUGUUUGGUAAGGCUUCUCGGCCGGGUCAAGACAAGAUUGGCCGUGGUGUUCUGAUGGUGCCUGCUGUUAAGCGUGAGUACUAUAAGAAGUUCUUAAGCGAGGCCCUGCCGGUAGAGAGUCACUUGCAAAUGUAUCUUCACGAUGCCUUUGUCACCGAGGCUAGUACCAAGACCAUCGCUUCUACUCAGGAUGCGGUGGAUUGGAUGACCUACACAUAUUUCUACCGCCGUCUGCUGGCCAAUCCCAGCUUUUACGGUCUCGGGGAUGUGAGUCAUGAGGGACUCAGUACGUUCCUGUCUGAGCUUGUUGAGAACACAUUGAAGGAGUUGUCUGAGGCCAAGAUCAUUGACCUGGACGAGGAUGAUGACAGUGUCUCUCCUCUCAACGCAGCCAUGAUCAGUGCUUACUACAAUAUUUCCUUCAUCACCAUGCAAACCUUCUUGUUGUCCCUCUCGGCUCGCACAAAGCUUAAGGGUAUUCUGGAGAUUGUCACUUCCGCCACCGAAUUCGAGUCCAUUCAAAUGCGUCGUCAUGAGGAGCAUAUCCUCCGCCGAGUCUACGACCGUUGCCCAGUCAAGAUGUCGGAGGCUGCUUUUGACUCUCCCCACUUCAAGGCAUUUGUAUUGCUUCAGGCUCACUUCUCCCGCAUGCAAUUGCCAAUUGAUCUCGCCAAGGAUCAGGAGGAUAUCAUUCGCAAAGUCCUCAACCUACUCAGUGCCUGUGUGGAUGUGCUUUCCUCCGAAGGCCAUCUCAACGCCAUGAACGCCAUGGAGUUGUCGCAGAUGCUAGUCCAGGCCAUGUGGGACCGGGAUAGCCCCCUUAAGCAGAUUCCCCACUUCUCCCCUGAAGUUAUUGAAGCUGCCAAGGAAUUCAAGUACGUCCACGUCUUCCCUACAUUUGUUUCCCCAACAGCUACUAAUAUUGAUUUUGUACACAGUAUCAAUGAUAUCUUUGAGUUUAUGGAUGCCAUGGAUCCCUCGGAGAACAAGGACUAUGCAGCUCUGGUCAAGCGUCUGGGUUUGAACAACAAGCAAUUAGCGCAAGCGGCAGCUUUUACCAACGAGAAGUACCCCAACAUCGAGCUGGACUUUGAGGUUGAAGAUCCCGAGAACAUCACAUCCGGCGACCCUGCCUACCUCAAGGUCAAGAUUGAACGGGAGGUGGAAGAGGACGAGGAGCCUGAUACCGUCGUCCACGCCCCCUUCUAUCCCAGUCAGAAGAUGGAGAACUGGUGGCUUGUGGUCGGUGAUGAGAAAACUAAGAACUUGCUGGCCAUCAAGCGUGUCACGAUUGGUCGCAAGUUAGAAUUGCGCCUGGAAUAUGUGGUGCCCACGCCUGGUGAACACGAGCUCACUCUCUACCUCAUGAGUGACAGUUACGUCGGCGUGGAUCAGGCCCCCACAUUCACCGUCACAGCAGCUGAGGGAAUGGACGAAGAUGAGAGCGAAGAGGAAGAAGAGUAA